UUCAGCAACCAGUUAGUACAUGUACUUGCGAACCCGGGAAAAUUGUGUUCGAAAAAUUGGAAAAUUCGCUUGUUUUGAUUGAAAACUUGUACUCUAGGUGUUAGGCGAUCAUUUUGUGACAUCGCGACGUGACACCUGACUGGUACUUGAAAACACGGGCUCUAAGAACAUUCAGUGUUGUUUCAUAGAAACAAAACUCCGUCUGGAAAUUUGCACAAUGAAGGCUGCAGUUGUUAUGGUCUAUCUCGUCGCUGUAGCGUCAGCUCACAUCUGUCUCCUGAACCCGCACCAGCGUGGCUCCAUGAAAGGCAUCAAUGUUAAAGACGCUGGUGACUGUGGUCUUCUGAAUAAACCAUGCGGGAAUCGCACUCAAGAUAAGCCGGGCAUUCAAAUUAAGGGAGGAUCUCCCUACACUGUCAUCUUCCAGAAGAACUUGAACCACUUUGAAACCUUUCCAAACGGAACAGCCACAAACGGUUAUUUUGAGAUAUCGUUUUUGACCUCCACCGAUGUCCAGAUAUUGAGCAAGGUUAACGAUGGAGCCACACCCUCUCUCACACUUUACUACCCAAAUGUCACCAUGCCAAGAGGACCUAUUGGAGUUCCUGCCAUACUCCAGUUGACCUAUGUGACCAACAAUGCUGAAGUUCCCAUGGGAGGCAUCUUUUACCAGUGCGCUGACAUUGAACUGUUCUAGGGCAACACAUUAGCUGAUCUUUGACCAUGCCGUAGCAUUCACUGUUUACUCUCAAUCUUUCUGGUCUUGCUGUCUCGAUAUCCUUUCGCACAGUGACACACAAUAAUUCCGCAACAGUGUGGCCUAAUGGGUUUUUCAAUGAAAUGGAAAUACCUGAAAUACUUUUCAAUCAUCAUGCAGUGUUCUAUAAUUUUGUCUUCAGCCUUCACUAAAUCAAAUCAUGGGAUGGAUUGGACAACUUCUCUUCACUAAUGUAAAUCUUCAACAUGAGAGUCCUCGCCCAGGAACACAGUUUGAUUCUAGUUUAAUUGAACUCUUUGGGUAUAGAAUAGUAAUGUACGAGUUCAGCUGGCAAAGUAUGGUAAUAUUUUUUUCUUAUCACUUUCUCCGAGACUUAAGUUUGGGAAAUUAAAAUUAAAGCACUGAAAUAAAGGUUUACGGCAGAUUAAUUCAUUUACAA